GGCGGAUGUCCGGGCCGGCUGGGCCGGGGCCGCGGACGAGAUGGCGGAAGGCGGAGGCUGCCGUGACCGACCGGAUGCGGAGACCCAGAAAUCCGAGCUCGGGGCUUUGAUGAGGACCACGCUCCAACGAGGGGCGCACUGGUAUCUUAUUGACAGCCGGUGGUUCAAGCAGUGGAAGAAGUAUGUGGGCUUCGACAGCUGGGAUAUGUACAAUGUGGGUGAACACAACCUGUUUCCGGGCCCAAUAGAUAACUCCGGACUCUUUUCAGAUCCUGAGAGUCAGACCUUGAAAGAACAUUUAAUUGAUGAAAUGGACUAUGUAUUGGUCCCAACUGAGGCCUGGAACAAGUUACUAAAUUGGUAUGGCUGUGUAGAAGGCCAGCAGCCCAUCGUCAGAAAAGUUGUGGAGCAUGGCCUGUUUGUCAAGCACUGCAAGGUAGAGGUGUAUUUGCUGGAACUGAAGCUCUGUGAGAAUAGUGAUCCCACCAAUGUUUUGAGUUGCCAUUUCAGCAAGGCAGAUACCAUCGCAACCAUUGAAAAGGAGAUGCGGAAGUUAUUCAAUAUCCCUGCUGAACGCGAAACACGUCUAUGGAACAAAUACAUGAGCAACACCUAUGAGCAGUUGAGCAAGCUCGACAACACUGUCCAAGAUGCUGGGCUAUACCAGGGACAGGUGCUAGUAAUUGAGCCCCAGAAUGAGGAUGGCACAUGGCCACGGCAGACUCUGCAGUCAAAAUCAAGCACUGCGCCUAGCAGAAAUUUUACUACCUCUCCAAAAUCAUCAGCAAGUCCCUAUUCCUCAGUGUCUGCCUCUCCCAUUGCAAAUGGUGAUAGCACUAACACCUCUGGGAUGCACAGUUCCGGUGUCAGCAGGGGUGGAUCUGGCUUCUCUGCUUCAUAUAACUAUCAGGAAACCCCAUCAUCUCAUAUACAACCUGGGCUCUGUGGACUUGGAAACCUGGGAAACACCUGCUUCAUGAACUCCGCUUUGCAGUGCUUGAGCAACACUGCACCGCUGACUGACUACUUUCUCAAAGAUGAGUAUGAGGUCGAAAUCAACAGAGACAACCCACUGGGAAUGAAAGGGGAAAUUGCGGAGGCCUAUGCAGAACUCAUUAAGCAGAUGUGGUCUGGAAGGGAUGCUCAUGUGGCACCUCGAAUGUUCAAAACCCAAGUGGGACGUUUCGCCCCUCAGUUUUCUGGCUACCAGCAACAAGACUCUCAGGAGCUGUUAGCCUUUCUUCUAGAUGGACUACAUGAAGAUCUGAACAGAGUGAAGAAGAAACCCUACCUGGAGCUGAAGGAUGCCAAUGGGCGACCAGAUGCGGUGGUAGCAAAGGAAGCCUGGGAGAAUCACAGGUUGAGGAAUGACUCUGUGAUUGUGGACACGUUCCAUGGCCUCUUUAAGUCUACUUUGGUUUGCCCAGAAUGUGCUAAGGUUUCUGUGACCUUUGACCCAUUUUGCUAUUUAACUCUCCCACUGCCCUUGAAGAAAGACCGAGUCAUGGAAGUUUUCCUGGUUCCUGCUGACCCUCGCUGCAGACCUACCCAGUACCGCGUGAUUGUGCCACUGAUGGGUGCCGUGUCUGACCUGUGCGAAGCUCUCUCCAGGCUGUCUGGAAUUGCUGCGGAAAAUAUGGUGGUCACAGAUGUGUAUAAUCAUCGGUUCCACAAAAUUUUCCAAAUGGAUGAAGGUUUAAACCACAUCAUGCCUCGGGAUGACAUCUUUGUGUAUGAAGUCUGCAGCACCUCCGCCGAUGGCUCAGAAUACGUCACGCUUCCAGUCUACUUCAGGGAGAGGAAGUCCAGACCUUCGAGCACUUCCUCUGGGGCAGUGCUUUAUGGACAGCCACUGAUGGUUUCUGUCCCUAAGCACAAGCUAACCCUUGAAUCAUUGUACCAGGCUGUUUAUGAGCGUAUCAGCCGAUAUAUAAAACAGCCUUUGUCUGAUGAGUCUGGCUGCUCGUCCUUGGAGCCAGGAACCUGCAAUGGCUCCAGGGGUACCUGUGAAGGAGAGGAUGAAGAAGAGAUGGAACAUCAGGAAGAAGGUAAAGAACAGCUUUCAGAAACAGAAGGCAGUGGGGAAGAUGACCUGGAAAGUGACCAUGGUGAGACCACCCAAAAGAUCAAAGGCCGACACUGCCCCAAAAGGCUUUUUACCUUCAGCCUUGUGAACUCCUAUGGAACAGCCGACAUAAAUUCGCUUGCAACUGAUGGAAAAUUCCUUAAACUGAACUCUCGAUCCACACUGGCCAUCGAUUGGGACAGUGAGUCGCGGAGCCUUUACUAUGAUGAACAAGAAUCUGAGGCCUACGAAAAGCACGUGAGCAUGUUGCAGCCGCAGAAGAAGAAGAAGACAGCGGUGGCCCUGAGAGACUGCAUUGAACUCUUCACUACCAUGGAGACCCUUGGGGAACAUGACCCCUGGUACUGUCCCAACUGUAAGAAGCAUCAACAGGCCACAAAGAAGUUUGACCUCUGGUCCUUGCCGAGAAUUCUGGUUGUCCACCUCAAACGUUUCUCCUACAAUAGGUACUGGAGGGAUAAACUAGACACAGUCGUGGAAUUCCCAGUCAGAGCUCUGAACAUGUCCGAGUUUGUCUGUGACCCGUCAGCGAGGCCUUAUGUGUACGAUCUCAUUGCUGUGUCCAAUCAUUAUGGAGCCAUGGGGGUUGGCCACUACACUGCACACGCAAAGAACAAACUGAACGGGAAAUGGUAUUACUUUGAUGAUAGCAAUGUGUCCCUGGCUUCUGAGGAUCAGAUAGUGACAAAAGCAGCUUAUGUGCUAUUUUACGAGCGUCGAGAUGAUGAGUUUUAUAAGACAUCUUCACUUGGUUUUCCUGGGUCCUCUGAUGGAGGGACAAGACCAACCAGCUCACAGCAGGGCUUGGGGGAUGAUGAGACAUGCAGCAUGGACACCAACUGAUGCUGCCUCUGCGACCCUGCCACCCCGCAGCACCAGUUGAAGAACAUCUUUGACACUUUGAAGACUGCUAGUGUUCAGUCUAAAAACCAAAUGAGGACAUUCCCUUCUUUUAUGAGCAGAAGAAAAAAAAAAAAGACCUUGUUUGCUCAGAAGGGUUCUGUCAAGAGGCUGAAUUAUUUUUUUUUUAAAACAGGUGGUGAGAAACCUCUGGAGCUGCACCGCGGGAGUUGGGAGGGGGGCUCGCAAUGUAGUGUGUCUGCUGGCUUCCGGAGAAUGGCGAGGAGCGCUGUGCUUGAGUGUGGCGUGGCGGUGAAGGCCUGCUGCAGGCUGCCCUGGCUUUCUGGAUUUUUGAUUCUGGUGCUGAUGACUGGAUACCCCAGUAGUCUGCCCACAUAAACCAAGCCUCGAGUAAAUUUGAUGUCCCCUUUUCCCUUGC